UCGCGGCGGCCGUCCCGGAGCGCUGCCAUGACAACGUUCUCCAUGGAAGUCUUCGACACUGAGGUCGUUCCUUCGUCGCUUCAGUCCAUAGCUCCCAUUCUCCGAGUCGCUACAGAAAUCGAACAAGAACGCCCUCGCGUCGCCUAUCUCUGUCGGUUUUAUGCGUUUGAGAAGGCCCACAGAUUGGACCAGACGUCGAGUGGACGUGGUGUACGGCAGUUCAAGACACGUCUUCUUCAGCGAUUGGAGCGGGACAAUGCAUCGAGUCUUGCUUCCCGAGUCAAAAAGACAGAUGCGAGAGAAAUUGAGAGCUUUUACAAACAAUACUACGAGCAUUAUGUUUUGGCACUCAACAAGGGGGAGCAAGCUGAUAGGGCUCAGCUUGGCAAAGCUUACCAGACUGCUGGAGUUCUUUUUGAAGUGCUUUGUGCAGUUAACAAGACUGAAAAAGUUGAGGAAGUUUCUGCUGAGAUUAUGGCCGCAGCAAAUGAUGUCCAAGCCAAGAAGGAAAUCUACGCUCCUUAUAAUAUUCUUCCUCUGGAUUCUGCUGGGGCAUCUCAGUCCAUUAUGCAGCUUGAUGAGGUUAAAGCUGCUGUUUCUGCUCUCCGGAACACACGAAAUUUGAAUUGGCCGGCCACAUUCGAGCAGCAAAGACAGAAAAUUGGGGAGUUGGACCUUCUCGAUUGGCUGCGUGCCAUGUUCGGGUUUCAGAGGGACAAUGUUAGGAACCAGAGGGAACAUCUAAUUCUAUUGCUUGCUGAUAUUCACGCAAGGCUAGUUCCGAAGCCUGAGCCACUGAAUAAGCUUGACGAUCGUGCUGUUGAUGCACUCAUGAACAAGAUUUUCAAAAACUAUAAAACAUGGUGCAAAUACUUGGGAAGAAAACACAGCUUACGUCUCCCUCAAGGACAAGAGGAAGUGCAACAAAGGAAACUACUAUACAUGGGUCUCUAUCUUCUUAUAUGGGGUGAAGCUGCUAAUGUCCGGUUCAUGCCAGAGUGCCUAUGCUACAUAUUUCAUAAUAUGGCUUAUGAACUCCAUGGUCUUUUGGCUGGAAAUGUCAGCAUCGUCACAGGAGAAAACAUCAGGCCUUCUUAUGGUGGAGAUGACGAAUCUUUUCUGCGGAAGGUCAUAACACCUAUUUACCGAGUAAUUGAAAAGGAAGCCAAAAAGAGCAAAAAUGGAAAAGCCCCGCAUUCAGAUUGGUGCAAUUAUGAUGACCUCAACGAGUACUUCUGGUCUACUGAUUGCUUCUCUUUGGGUUGGCCUAUGAGAGAUGAUGGUGAUUUCUUUAAAUCAAUACGCACUGUGGGUCAGGGAAAACAUGCGUCUAGAAAGAAGCCAGGAAAAACAGGCAAAUCCUAUUUUGUUGAGACCAGAACAUUUUGGCAUAUAUUCAGAAGUUUUGACCGUCUCUGGACAUUCUAUAUACUUGCUCUUCAGGCCAUGGUUAUAAUAGCUUGGAGUGAUGUUUCUUUAAUUGACAUUUUCCAAAAGGAUAUCUUAUACAAGCUGUCCAGCAUUUUCAUGACAGCAGCCUUUUUGCGCUUCCUUCAGAGUAUUUUGGACCUUAUUUUGAACUUUCCCGGGUACCAUCGAUGGAAAUUCACAGAUGUAGCGAGGAACAUUCUCAAGAUAGUUAUCAGCCUUGCAUGGUCCAUUGUCCUUCCCCUGUGUUACCUCCACCAAAAUAAUAACUCUUUUUUACGUUUGGGAAAUAUGAAAGAUGUUUUAUCCUUCCUUGAUAAAAUGAAGGGUAUUCCUCCAUUAUAUCUCAUGGCUGUGGCUAUAUACCUUCUGCCUAAUUUGCUGGCAGCAGUUUUGUUUAUCUUUCCAAUGCUCCGGCGCUGGAUUGAGAACUCAGAUUGGCUUAUUAUAAGGUUUCUUCUGUGGUGGUCACAGCCAAGGAUCUACGUGGGAAGGGGAAUGCAUGAAAGUCAAUUUGCACUAAUAAAAUACACUCUCUUUUGGGUCAUACUUCUAUGUUUCAAAUUCGCAGUUAGCUACUUGAUCGAGAUAAAGCCUCUGAUAAAGCCGACAAAGGAUAUCAUGAAUAUACGCAGAGUGCAGUAUGCUUGGCAUGAAUUUUUUCCCUAUGCGAAGCACAACUAUGGAGCUGUAGCUGCACUUUGGGCACCAGUGCUAUUGGUUUAUUUUUUGGACACUCAGAUUUGGUAUGCAAUUUUCUCGACCCUGUGUGGUGGUGUUAUUGGGGCAUUUGAUCGUCUGGGAGAGAUCCGCACCCUAGGCAUGCUCCGGUCAAGGUUCCAGUCUUUGCCUGGUGCCUUCAACACAUACUUAGUGCCUUCUAAAGGAACCAAGAAAAGAGGCUUUUCUCUGUCAAAACAUUUCGAUGAGGUUACUGCAAGCAGGAGAAGUGAAGCUGCAAAAUUUGCUCAGUUAUGGAAUGAAGUAAUUUGUAGUUUUCGCGAAGAAGAUCUCAUAAGUGACAGGAAAAUGGAUCUGUUAUUAGUUCCUUAUUCCUCAGAUCCUAGUUUGAAGAUAAUUCAGUGGCCACCCUUUUUGCUUGCAAGCAAGAUCCCUAUUGCACUUGAUAUGGCAGCCCAAUUUCGAUCAAAGGAUGCUGACCUUUGGAAACGUAUCUGUGCUGAUGAAUACAUGAAAUGUGCUGUUAUAGAGUGCUAUGAAUCUUUCAAACUUGUUUUGAAUGCCCUGGUUGUUGGGGAAACUGAGAAAAGGGUAAUUGGAAUCAUCAUCAAAGAAGUUGAAAGUAGUAUUUCAAAAGGUACAUUCCUCUCAAACUUCAGAGCAGGUUCCCUUCCUCAACUUGUUAACAAAUUUGUGGAGCUUGUGGAGAUAUUGAAAGAUGCCGAUCCAUCUCAGGGAGGUUCUGUGGUCUUUAAACUACAGGACAUGUUAGAAGUGGUAACGCGGGACAUGAUGGUGAAUGAAGUCCGUGAGCUGGUAGAACUUGGUCAUACUAGCAAAGAUUCUGGAAGACAGCUAUUUGAAAAGUCAGCUAUAGCCUACCCUCCUGUAGUUACAGCACAAUGGGAAGAACAGAUUAGUCGUCUUUAUCUCCUCCUUACUGUGAAAGAAUCUGCUAUUGAUGUGCCAACUAACCUUGAAGCACGUAGAAGGAUUUCAUUUUUUGCAAAUUCAUUGUUCAUGGACAUGCCACGGGCACCUCGAGUUCGUAAAAUGCUCUCAUUCAGUGUCAUGACUCCCUACUACAGUGAGGAGACUAUCUUCUCAAAGACUGACCUAGAAAUGGAAAAUGAAGAUGGUGUUUCAAUCAUAUACUAUCUCCAAAAGAUUUAUCCAGAUGAAUGGAAUAAUUUUCUGGAACGUCUCAACUGUAAUGAGUAUGAAGUUUGGGAAAAUGAGGAGAACAUACUGCAGCUGCGUUACUGGGCCUCCUUAAGGGGACAGACUUUAAGCAGAACGGUUAGAGGAAUGAUGUACUAUAGAAGGGCACUGAAGCUUCAGGCAUAUCUUGACAUGGCUUCAGAAAGUGAGAUACUCAAAGGGUAUAGAGCAGUUACAAUGCCAUCAGAAGAAGAUAAGAAAAGCCAAAGAUCUAUGUAUACCCAAAUAGAGGCUAUAGCUGACAUGAAAUUUACAUAUGUUGCAACCUGUCAGAACUAUGGAAACCAGAAGAGAAGUGGGGAUCGUCGUGCGACUGAUAUUUUGAAUUUGAUGGUCAACAAUCCAUCUCUUCGUGUUGCAUUCAUUGAUGAAGUUGAAGAAAGGGAAGGUGGAAAAGUGCAGAAAGUUUAUUACUCUGUAUUGGUAAAAGCGGUCGAUAAUCUUGAUCAGGAAAUCUAUCGCAUAAAACUACCUGGUGCAGUAAAGUUGGGAGAAGGAAAGCCAGAAAAUCAGAACCAUGCUAUCAUUUUUACUAGAGGGGAAGCUCUGCAGACAAUUGAUAUGAACCAGGACAACUAUUUGGAAGAAGCUUUUAAAAUGCGUAACUUACUUGAGGAAUUUAAUGAGGAUCAUGGGGUGCGCCCACCGACAAUUCUUGGUGUUCGCGAGCAUAUCUUCACUGGAAGUGUUUCGUCCUUGGCUUGGUUUAUGUCAAAUCAAGAAACAAGCUUUGUCACUAUUGGUCAAAGAGUUCUUGCGAGGCCCUUGAAGGUUCGAUUCCAUUAUGGACAUCCUGAUGUGUUUGAUAGAAUUUUUCACGUUACCCGUGGUGGUAUCAGUAAAGCUUCAACGGGCAUCAAUCUCAGUGAGGACAUAUUUGCCGGUUUCAAUUCUACGUUACGACGCGGGAACAUCACUCACCAUGAGUAUAUCCAAGUUGGGAAGGGUCGAGAUGUUGGUCUCAACCAAAUCUCGCUUUUUGAGGCAAAGGUGGCAUGUGGUAACGGGGAGCAGUCACUUAGCAGGGACAUAUACAGACUGGGGCAUCGUUUUGACUUUUUCCGUAUGCUGUCGUGCUUUUACACAACCACUGGAUUCUAUGCCGGCUCCAUGAUGGUGGUCCUUACUGUUUAUGCUUUCUUAUAUGGAAAGCUCUAUCUUUCGCUCAGUGGAUUGGAGCAGUCCAUAAUUAAAUUUUCAAGAUCCAGGAGAGAUAACGCUUUGAGGACUGCAAUGGCUUCACAAUCUAUUGUUCAGAUUGGGUUUUUGACGAUGUUGCCGAUGGUUAUGGAGAUCGGUCUAGAGAGAGGGUUUAGAACUGCAGCUGGUGACGUAAUAAUCAUGCAGCUCCAGCUCGCACCUGUUUUCUUUACCUUUUCUCUUGGGACGAAGGUUCAUUAUUUUGGGCGUACCAUUAUACAUGGAGGGGCUAAAUACAGAGCUACUGGUCGUGGCUUUGUCGUAAGACAUGAGAAGUUCGCAGAAAAUUACCGGAUGUACUCAAGAAGCCAUUUCACGAAAGCACUGGAGAUUAUGGUUUUGCUCAUAGUUUAUGAAAUGUAUGGAUCAGCGGCUACGGAAUCUGUUGCUUUCCUUUUUCUAACAUUUUCAAUGUGGUUUCUUGUGGUCUCGUGGUUGUUUGCUCCUUUCCUUUUCAAUCCAUCGGGAUUUGAGUGGCAGAAGAUAGUGGAAGACUGGGAUGAUUGGAUGAAGUGGAUAGGUAACCGUGGAGGUAUUGGUGUUCCAGCAAACAAAAGUUGGGAGUCCUGGUGGGAUGAGGAGCAAGAGCACCUGCAACAUACAGGUUUCUUAGGGAGAUUCUGGGAAAUUUUCCUUUCCUUGCGCUUCUUCCUCUACCAGUAUGGUAUUGUUUAUCAUCUACAUGUGGCAAAUAAUGAGAAAAGUAUCAUGGUUUAUGGACUGUCUUGGCUGGUCAUUGUUGCGGUGAUGAUUAUUCUGAAGAUAGUGUCAAUGGGAAGGAAGAAGUUCAGUGCAGAUUUCCAGUUGAUGUUUAGACUUCUGAAGAUGUUCCUGUUUAUUGGGUUUCUGGUGACCAUUGGCAUAAUGUUCACUUUCCUCAGUCUUACGGUUGGAGACAUUUUUUCCAGCUUAUUGGCUUUCUUACCAACAGGAUGGGCUCUACUUCAGAUAGCACAAGCAUGCAGACCUAUUGUGAAGGGCAUAGGGAUGUGGGGUUCAGCCAAAGCUCUAGCAAGAGGGUAUGAAUACCUCAUGGGGCUGGUGAUCUUUACACCGAUUGCCGUUCUAGCCUGGUUCCCGUUUGUCUCAGAAUUCCAAACCAGACUGCUCUUCAAUCAAGCCUUCAGCAGAGGACUUCAAAUUCAGCGUAUUCUUGCUGGUGGAAAGAAGCACAAAUGAGCAAAAGAUUUUUAAUAUGAUCAUACUACUACCGAUUUUGUAGGACAUUUGCCAGGAGGAUAUGACACCGGCCCUGAAGGCGAAGCUUCAUUUAAUUAGCAGAGAUUUUUGAAGGCACAGGGAUCAAUAAAUCAUGUAUAUUCUCAUUUCCUCUAUGAUCCCUGAUUCAAUCAAUCAUGUAUAUUCUCAU